AUGGUCUCUGUUCAAAUCUAUCUAUCUAUCUAUCUAUCUAUCUAUCUAUCUAUCUAUCUAUCUAUCUAUCUAUCAGACUGUUCUGAUCUAUCUAUCUAUCUAUCUAUCUAUCUAUCUAUCUAUCUAUCUAUCUAUCUAUCUAUCUAUCUAUCUCAUUCUGUUCAGAUCUAUCUAUCUCAUUCUGUUCAGAUCUAUCUAUCUAUCUAUCUCAUUCUGUUGAGAUCUAUCUCAUUCUGUUCAGAUCUAUCUAUCUAUCCAUCUAUCUAUCUAUCUAUCUAUCUAUCUAUCUAUCUAUCAGAAUUCUGUUGUGAUCUAUCUAUCUAUCUAUCUGAUUCACUGACAAUGUUAGCCGGUGUUUCUCUCUUCUCUUCCCAGAUUUUGUCCUGUCACCUGCUCAUGUUAAAUAGGUUAGCCGGUGUUUCUCUCUUCUCUUCUCAGAUUUUGUCCCGUCACGCUCAUAUUUUGUCCUGCCACCCGCUCUUGUUAAAUAGGUUAGCCGGUGUUUCUCUCUUCUCUUCCCAGAUUUUGUCCUGUCACCCGCUCUUGUUAAAUAGGUUAGCCGGUGUUUCUCUCUUCUCUUCCCAGAUUUUGUCCUGUCACCUGCUCAUAUUAAAUAGCUUAGCCGGUGUUUCUCUCUUCACUUCUCAGAUUUUGUCUCGUCACCCGCUCAUGUUAAAUAGGUUAGCCGGUGUUUCUCUCUUCUCUUCCCAGAUUUUGUCCUGUCACCCGCUCAUGUUAAAUAGUCUCCUUUUAUAUCUAUCUAUCUAUCUAUCUAUCGUGAUUUUCUAA